AUAACCUCGAAGGAGCAGGCCAAGCCAACCAAGAGGAUCAAAUUCCGGAGACUCCAAAUCAAAAACGUCUCUGACUUGGCGGUCAAGUGAUAACAUUAAAACGAAUACAGUGCUUCAUAACAUAUCUCUAUAAAAGCUCUUAUGGAGGGAAGCUUAAUGGAAAAGCGCUCUUCACUUUCGAUUCUCCUCGUUCUCAUCGCCUUGAAUUUGAUCUUCCAAAUGGCUGAAUCCUCUUCCGAACGUGCGGUUCACAUCGUCUACGUGGAUCGCCCCAAGGACGUCGAUCCUGAGGCUUAUGAUAUUCAAGUCCUCUCCUCCGUUCUCGGCAGUGAGGACGCUGCAAGGAAGGCAUUGUUGUACAGUUACAAGACGGCUGCCAGUGGAUUUUCGGCUAGUCUGACACCGAAGCAGGUCGAGGAUAUUAGAAAAAAAGAAGGUGUUCUUCAAGUUGCUCCUAGCAAGCCGUUGCAGCUCCAUGGAGGAGCUGGAAACAUGCGGUUAACCAAGUGAAAAUUUUAUGUGCCUACUAAUAUCUCUCUGAGACUACCUACUCCUGUAUAAACUUGUUUGACUCGUGUGCUUUACUUAAAUAAUGUUUCAAACUGAAUGAUACAUAUUCAGAUUUCUAUUAUACAAAUGUAUUUUGCUA